AUGAUCAAAAGGUGGCGAAACCAUUUGAAGAAGAAGAAAAUGAACAACAACAACAAAAGAAGCAUAUCAAACAAAUGGAAACAACUCAGCGGCGAAAACAAAUGGAAAGGACUAUUAGACCCUCUUGACAUCGACCUACGACGUUACAUUAUCCACUACGGUGAAAUGGCACAAGCAACAUACGAUGCUUUCAACACAGAAAAAGCAUCAAAGUUUGCUGGUUGUUGUAGGUACGCAAAGAAUGAUUUCUUCUCCAAAGUUUUUCUCCAAAAUGGAAAUCCUUUCAAGUAUUCCGUGACAAAGUUCAUCUAUGCAACUUCCGAAAUCGAUGUUCCGGAAGCGUUCAUCGUGAAGUCUUUUUCUAGGGAGGUUUGGAGUAAGGAAUCAAAUUGGAUUGCGUAUGUUGCUGUGGCGAAUGAUGAAGGGAAAGAUGUGUUGGGGAGAAGAGAUAUUGUGGUUGCUUGGAGAGGAACGGUUAGGAGUUUGGAAUGGGUUAAUGAUCUUGGGUGUGUUUUGGUUCCUGCUCCUAAAGUGUUUGGUUAUGACAACGUUGUCGAUCCUAAAGUUCAUGACGGUUGGUAUUCUAUUUAUACUUCUGAAGAUCCAAGAUCUCCAUUCAAUAAGACUAGUGCUAGAGACCAGGUCUUAAGUGAGGUAAGAAGGUUAGUGGAAAUAUACAAGAAUGAAGAAACAAGCAUAACAAUAACUGGCCAUAGUUUAGGAUCUGCAAUCGCAACUCUAAACGCAGUGGACAUUGUUACAAAUGGAUACAAUAAACCAAAUGACCCAUCUCUCAAGACAUCACCAGUUACAGCCAUAAUAUUCGCAAGUCCAAAAGUCGGUGACGUAAAUUUUCAGAAAGUUUUCUCAAGUUACAAAGAUCUCUCAGCAUUACGCAUUAGCAACGAGUUUGAUAUUGUACCAAACUACCCUUUUAUCGGAUAUUCAGAUGUUGGUGAAGAGUUGAAAAUUGACACAACAAAAUCUAUGUAUUUGAAGAGUCCGGGGAAUCCAUUUACUUGGCAUAAUUUGGAAGCUUAUUUGCAUGGUGUAGCAGGAACACAAGGGUGUAAAAGAGAUUUCAAACUUGAGGUUAAUCGUGAUAUUGCACUUGUGAAUAAAACAUUGGAUGCUUUGGAAGAUGAGUAUCAUGUACCAGUGUCAUGGAGGGUUGUGGAGAAUAAGGGUAUGGUUCAACAAUUGGAUGGUUCUUGGAAGCUUAUGGAUCAUGAGGAUAAUGAUGACUUUUAG